AUGGCGACCGAGACCGAGUCCUUCGUUACCGCCCCGUCAACGCCAGAGGCGGCGGCGGCGGCGGCUCCCAUGGCGCCUACCGUGGAACCAGCAGCCCAUCAGCCGGCGGAUAGAUUGGAAAUCGUGGUUGAGCGAAGGCUCCGCCAGCAUGGAGAGGGUGAGAGCAGGAGGAUGACCAUCUUCCGUGUCCCCGCCCAUGUCCGGGACGCCAGCAAGGAGCUGUACGAGCCACGGCUGGUGUCGAUCGGCCCCUACUACCGCGGCUGGGAGGCGCUGCGCGCGAUGGAGCAGCACAAGUGGAGGUACAUGCGCGAGCUGAUGGGGUGGCCGCCGCAGCCGGCAGCCUCGCUGGGCGAUUACGUCAGAGCAGUCCGCGACGUCGAGCAGGAGGCGCGGCUCUGCUACAGUGAGAGGACCAGCAUCUUCGCCGCCGCCGCCGCUGCCCAGAGCGAACCGUCGGGCGGCGGGGAGAUCGAAGAAGAGCAGUCCCGGCACGAUGGCGACCCCGGCGGACCCGGCCCGGACGGCUUUGCAGAGAUGCUGAUGCUUGACGGCUGCUUCAUCCUCGAGUUCUUCGCCAAGUGGUAUAAGGGUGAGCCGGACAAGCUCUGCGACGUCGCCUGGGUUCUUCCUCUGCUGCACUCCGACCUGCUGCUGCUGGAGAACCAGAUCCCCUUCUUCGUCCUCGAGGCGCUCUUCCACGUGGUGUCUCCUACGGCAACGAAGUUGGAUCUCCUCAGGCUGAUCCUUCACCGUCUGAAGUUCUCCUCCUACGAGCUGUCGACGGCCGAGGAGCUGGUCCAAUCCGACAUCCAGCACCUGCUGCAUCUCUUCUACGAGGCCAUCAUGCCCAGGGACGAUGAGACGGCGUCGGUCCAGGAUUCGACUCCACCGUCGCUGCAGUACUUCGUCCAGCUGCGUCAGAUGGGCGUCAGGUUGAAGAAGGCCGUGUCCACAAGGUUCGUUUUCAUCCGCGACAUGCCGCGAGUGCCGCACUGGAUGAAGACGACCCUGCUGGCCACCCUUCUCCGCAAGGUGGGCGCCUGGUUCAGCAAGCUCUUGGCUAUGAUCCGACGCACGCCGCCGGCGUCGGCGCCGACUCUGGUGGUACCGUCCGUCACCCAGCUCCGCGAGGCCGGCGUCCGGUUCGAGAAGAAGGAGUCUCCUCGCCACAUGUUCGACAUCGCGUUCGACAGGGACAGCGGCGUCCUGGAGAUGCCGCGAAUGGAGGUGGACUACGCGAACGUGGCGUUGCUCGUGAACCUCGUCGCGUUCGAGCAGACCAGGGGCCUGCCAGGCGACGGCGACACCAGCAGGCGGCUGUCGAGCUACGCGGCUCUGGUGGGCGCCCUGGUGAGGACAGGCAAGGACGUGGAGCACCUGCAGAAGCGCGGCAUCGUCGAGAACCUCCUCGACGGCGACGACGACGCGGCCACCAAAUUCUUCCAGCACCUGGGCGACUGCAGCACCUUGAACUACAAGAGCCACAUGUUCGCUGGCAUGUUCGAGGACCUGAGGCAGUUCUACCACUCGAGCUGGCGGAGGCACAAGGCCAAGUUCCUGCGUGACCACUGCAGCAGCCCAUGGGCGGUGCUUGCGCUCGUCGUCGCCAUUUCUGCGUUUUGCUUCGCGCUCUUCAAGUUGUCAACCACCAUCUUCAGCCUUGCUCAUCCUUAUUAUUGUCACUGCUAG